CGUGAAGGUCCUCCGUUCAACCGCGCCAUGCUAAUGAACAUUGGUUUCGUGGAAUCAUCAAAGUUAGGCAACUACAGCUGCUUCAUCUUCCACGAUGUAGAUUUAAUAGCAGAGAAUGAAUUGAAUAUAUACAGAUGUGCGGAGAAACCUAGGCAUAUGUCAGUGCUUAUUGACAAAUAUAACUACAAAGCUCUGUAUCAAUACAUAUUUGGUGGCGUUAUUGCGUUAACUAAAGAGCACAUGCAUCACGUGAACGGUUUUUCUAAUGUUUAUUUUGGGUGGGGAGGAGAGGACGACGACAUGUCGGCAAGAAUUCGGGAUAAAAACGGUCCUGGUUAUAGCAGUGUACCCGGUGAGAUUGGACGGUAUAAAAUGAUCAAACAUCAGCACGAGAAAAGUAACCCCGGUAACCCGCUGAGGUGGGACCUUUUAGGCUCAGCUCUAAGCAGAUGGAAGUCAGAUGGACUGAGCAGCUUGGAGGGACGAUAUUCUAUACUGAAAUUACAACGACGCCUCCUGUACACUUGGGUGUACGCGGAUGUUGAUGAAACGGCUAUUUUAUUGGACGAUACCAUGGCAAAAUAUCGGAACAAUUCUUGGGUGCAAUACUUACUUACGUUAAACCAUACCUUUGAAACUGCAUCACCGGCAAAAUCUGACGGAGCAAGGGCGAUCCACUAUACUAGCCGCUAACAUGUGGUACCCUAGUAUCGACAUUAACUUUAAGCAUGUUCAUAAACAAUGCGGGGUUCAUUGCGUUAGAGGAGCUGCCACAUUAUUUGCAUAAUUGUACAUCUGUACACCCAAGGCAACUUCAAUGACUUAAUACAUUAUUUCCAUUUCACCCAUUUGUAAUUGUAAGAUUGAAGAAUUCAUCAUUUACUAAGAGACACAGAACCUUCAUACACGUGGUACCCCAGUACCAACAUUAAGCUUUUAAGCAUGUUCACAAACUUUGUAGGGUUUGAUACACCUUUAUUGUGUUGGAGGAGCUGCCACAUCAUUUGCAUAUUUGUACAUGUUUACACUCAAGGCAACUCCAUUGACUUUAUACAUUGUUUCCAUACUUUUAAGACUUCAAUAAAGCUUACUAACUUAAUAAAAGAAGUGUAGGCAAUCAUUUCAUAUGUGUAAAAAGUUUAUUACAUGCGGUAAUUGUUUUUUUUUUUUCAUAUUUGUAUCUCAACCUACCUACCCUUAAAGUAAAAGCGUGAAUCCGCUACAGUCCAAUACAGUGUUUUCCACGGUCACGUGACUACCGCUAAAUUUUCCGUGAGAACACGAUAUUCUGCGGGAUUUGAAGUUUCAAGGGGCAAGUGCGGAGUGUACAUGACGGACGCCAUAUCGACGAGUGCUCGUUUCGAUCUGAAUUUUCAAGGAUUUGUAACAUGAUAACACCUGAAUUUUUUCGAAAACACAUUCAUGCGAGUACUUGGAAUAGAAUUUUAACAGACGUACCUGAUGACUUUUCCAAGAAAGAACUGAAAACGUAUAUCAUAGACAGCAAGGAUAGGACAUACGAUAAGAAAUUUGUGCGGGCAUUAAAAAGUCUGAAAGCUUAUCGGUAUUUUCAAGAUGGAUAUGUGCAGAAAAUCUACACAACAGCUUUAGUGACCACUCUGUGUCACAUGAAAACUGUCAUGUUUAAAGUUAGACGAAAACAACAGGCCAUACUUGAAUCAGAAACAUAGCUACUUGUAUGAUGAGUAUGAUUUUGUUUUGUGCACAGAGAAGGAUCUCUUCAUUGAAUCAGUUCUGUUUGAUGCUGUUCAUUGGGCAUCUGUGGUUCCUAAACUGACCAGUUUUUACAAGACAUUCAUUUUGACAGAGUUGGUGUACGCUACUAUUAAACGUUUUUCUUUUUCAUUUUUUUUCAUUCAAAAAUUCAAGCUUUGUUCUAUACAUGCAUUUUAUACCAAACUGAGAAUAUGUGCAAUAUUAUUCUGCAUUGUGAUCUUGGGUUGUGAAAAUCUUUAGUGUUUUAUUUUCAUGCUGUUAUAAUAAUCCUUGCAUGAUAAUAUUUUUUCUUUUGCGUAUUUAACAUAGAUAUAGAUAUUAAACAACACUGUGACAAAGUAAAAGUUUUAAUAUAUGGUUGUAUUAGAUGGUGCUAUUAUAUAGGUUUUGCCGGAAUACAGUAGAAUGGAAAUGGUUCUCAGGAGUGAUCUUUCAUCUUUUUAGAGUAGAUUUUUAUUUUAUUGAUCAGUUGAUGCAGGAUUCAAGUGCAAUUUGUAUAUAUUUUAUGUAUUUAGCAGUGCAAUGGAUAUUUAAUUACAUUGUGAUAUAGUAAUGUUUUUAAUAAUAACUUGGUCUCAGAUGAUGGUGCUUUAAAUUAACAUUUCCCAUGUAGGUUGGUUUUAUUUUACUCAGGUGUUAAUGUGCAGCUUUUUUAGAUUAAUUUUAAUUGGAAGAUGGGUUGCUAGUGCAUUUACUAGUACAGUAAUUUAUUUGCAAACUUGGACAUGCAACAGCUCAGCAGUGAACAAAUCAAAUAUGUCUUUGUGAUAAUAUUUUUGUACGCAGUUUUACUUUUCUAAAUAAAACGAUGAAAGAAAGUAAAUUUGCUGUGAAGAGCUUCUUCAAUAUAAUUUUUUCUACUACAGUAGUCCUACUCUCCGCCGCUUCGACCCAUGUCGCACUUGAAAUACUGUUUAGCCGUUUUGCGUGACUUUGGUAAAUCAGCUGAUGGUACUGCAUCAAUAGACAUAGGCCUACUAUCUUUCCUGUUUGGCUUCCCGGAUUGGAAGUGACAGCCGCAGACUUUGAAGUUGUCAGUUAUAUCUUUCAAUGAAAUGCUCGCACGACCAGCGGCACUAAUCCAUAGCAAUGUCGAA